GGGAGUUGUCAGGCAGUUGAAAUGGUCAGGUUCGAGUAGAUUGUGUUAUUUGCGGUGUGGGCCGCAUGCGCGCUGCGGGUCGCGCACCGCGGCGUUAGAUCGAAGGCGGCCGAGGUGGAGGCGCGCAUGCGUCCCGCACGGCACCCGCGCCUUCGCCGCCGGCCGCAGCAGUCGCACCGCGCACCCCACGCGACGCGCCAUGUCGCCAGCUGCGACUUGACGGAGCACCUAGCUCAGGGAAAACAAAAAGUGUUAACCGAAUCUACACCUUCCGUUGCGACAGCCACACUAAUCCGGUAAGUUCCUUGCGAGCGAAAGGCUCGCGUCUGAGCAGAGUGCAGUGUCCAAGGUUAAAGUCCAAGUGCCUUUCCCGGAUAACGAUAGAAAUACCCGAGGUGAGGUCGUAGAGGGCGCCAGUAGUCGACGUGAGUCAUCUCUGCGACACGUUUUCAUGGCCGCUCUUUCGAUCUCUGGAGCUCGUGAGUCCUCAAGAUUGCAGCGUUACGUAAGUGUGGCAGCAUCGGUAGGGGCAAAGCGGCCGUGGUGGCCACACUUUCGACUGGCCGUGUGCACUCGACUGUGGCGAAUUAUUGCACACGAGGAUUGCUUUCAGGAAAACAUUCACCAUUUUGUUUGCGAACCUUGUGCUGGCAACUGUGCGUUGAAUAAACUUAGUGUCGCUCUCCGUCAUGAGACCUGAUGUCGUAUUUUCGUGCUCCAUUCAACAUAAUGCGUUUUGUGUGAUAUUUACAAGGGACUGUGAAAGUGGUUUUUGAAUUUGCUCUUCGAAUUGUUUGUUACUUUAAGUGUUGAUGAUACUUGGGAAUAUAUUCUCCUAAUAUUCGCAACGUCUAGAUCCGUGCAGUACCGAUGUUCUAGAGGCCCGCGCACCAAGCAGCAACAGCCGCAACCAUGUCGUCGGUGAAGGUGGCGGUCCGGGUGCGCCCCUUCAACUCGCGCGAGAUCGCCAGGGAGUCCAAAUGCAUCAUCGAGAUGACGGGGAACACUACAAUUAUAACAAAUCCGAAAGCACCACCUGGCAGCAAAGAUGCAGCUAAAAGCUUCAACUUCGACUUCUCAUACUGGUCGCACAAUCCAAAUGAUCCAGAAUUUUCCUCACAAAUCAUGGUGUACAAAGACAUCGGCGAGGAGAUGUUACAGCAUGCUUUUGAUGGUUACAACAUAUGUAUAUUCGCGUAUGGGCAGACUGGCGCAGGGAAGUCUUAUACCAUGAUGGGUCGUGGUGAGGACAGCCAGGAAGGCAUCAUCCCACAAAUAUGCAAGGACCUGUUCCGCCGCAUCAGGCAGACGACAAGCGAGGACUUGAAGUACUCGGUGGAAGUGUCUUACAUGGAGAUUUACUGCGAGCGAGUACGCGACUUAUUGAACCCCAAGAACAAGGGCAACCUCCGUGUUCGCGAGCACCCUGCGCUGGGCCCGUACGUGGAGGACCUUAGCAAACUGGCCGUGACGUCAUACCAGGACAUAUACGACCUCAUCGACGAGGGAAACAAGGCUAGGACAGUGGCGGCUACGAACAUGAACGAGACAUCGUCUCGCUCGCACGCCGUCUUCACGAUAUUCUUCACUCAGCAGAGGCAUGACAAGACGACAGACCUUAUGUCGGAAAAGGUGUCCAAAAUCUCCUUGGUGGAUCUCGCGGGGUCUGAGCGAGCCGACUCCACUGGGGCAAAAGGCACUCGCCUGAAGGAAGGUGCUAACAUCAACAAGUCACUCACUACCCUUGGGAAAGUUAUCUCUGCACUUGCUGAAAUUGCGUCAAAGAGCAAGAAGUCCAAGAAGGCGGACUUCAUACCGUAUCGCGACUCGGUACUGACGUGGCUGUUGCGUGAGAACCUCGGGGGCAACUCCAAGACGGCCAUGAUUGCUGCAAUAUCGCCCGCUGACAUCAACUUCGACGAAACGCUCAGCACUCUGAGAUAUGCCGAUCGUGCCAAACAGAUCGUAUGCAAGGCCGUGGUCAACGAGGAUGCCAAUGCCAAACUCAUCCGCGAACUCAAAGAGGAGAUCUUCAAGUUGCGCGAACUGCUUAAAGCUGAAGGCAUUGAAGUCGAAGAAGGACCAGAUGGUAGAGUCCUUUACGAAAAGAAAGAACCGCCUACCUCAGGCGAAGAUCCAUCAGCAAACUGUAAGAAGAACGACACAGAAGCGUUGUCGCCGAAGCUAAGCCGCGCCGCCACAACCAUAGCAGAGGAGGCGGUCGAUCAGCUACAAGCCUCGGAGAAACUCAUCGCAGAACUCAACGAAACAUGGGAAGAAAAACUGAAACGUACCGAAGAGAUCAGGCUUCAGCGGGAAGCCGUAUUCGCGGAAAUGGGCGUGGCCGUAAAAGAAGGAAUAACAGUGGGCGUGUACUCGCCCAAGAAAACACCCCAUCUAGUCAAUCUGAACGAAGACCCCAACCUUUCUGAAUGCCUCAUAUAUUACAUCAAAGACGGUGUAACGCGGCUGGGCACUGCCGAAGCGGACGUGCCCCAAGACAUCCAGCUAUCUGGUUCCCAUAUCCUCAGCGAGCACUGCAUUUUCGAAAACACUGAUGGCGUCAUCUGUUUGAUCCCUCAUCGCGCCGCACUCGUUUACAUCAACGGACGAGAGGUGACAGAACCUAUUAUCCUGAAGACUGGUUCCCGCGUGAUCCUGGGCAAGAACCACGUGUUCCGUUUCACGCACCCCGGUCAGCCGCGCGAGGAACGCGUGAGCAAUAAGGAGGAACCUCAGGAUACCUCUGCCGCGGCUGAUGUUCCUAGCGACACAGAAACGGUGGAUUGGGAUUUCGCACAAUGCGAGCUAUUGGAGAAACAGGGCAUCGACCUCAAGGCGGAGAUGCAGAAGCGGUUGCUCGCACUGGAAGAGCAGUUCCGUAGAGAGAAGGAACACGCCGACCAACAGUUUGAGGAACAAAGGAAGAAUUACGAGGCCCGCAUCGACGCGCUGCAACGGCAAGUGGAAGAACAAAGCGUCACUAUGUCCAUGUACUCGUCAUACACCCCCGAGGACUUCCACAACGAUGAGGAUAUAUUUGUGAACCCAUUGUUCGAGACGGAAUGUUGGUCGGCACGGGAACUAGGGCUGGCCGCGUGGGCAUUCCGCAAGUGGAAAUAUCACCAGUUCACUUCGCUGCGGGACGACCUGUGGGGGAACGCGAUAUUCCUCAAGGAAGCGAACGCCAUCUCCGUAGAACUGCGCAAGAAAGUGCAAUUCCAGUUCACGUUGCUCACGGACACACCAUACUCGCCCCUACCGGCGGAACUCGCGCCUCGAGACGACGCCGACGACGAGUAUCGCCCGAGCGCACCCACAGUAGUCGCUGUGGAAGUCACCGACACAAAGAACGGAGCCACGCAUUACUGGACGCUCGAGAAACUACGCCACCGCCUGGAGCUCAUGCGUCAGAUUUACAACAUGAACGAGAGUGCGUACGGCGAGGAGGACGAUCCGGUGCCGCCCGCGUCCAUUACGCCGCCGGCAGCCGCCGCAACCGCCGCCGGGCCGGAUAUCCUGCAGUGUAUCUCGGCUGCGGCGCAACAAACGCGAUUGUCGCUAGCCAACCUGCUGCCCUCGAGACAACGGCUGGAGUUGAUGCGUGAGAUGUACCACAACGAGGCGGAGUUGUCGCCCACCUCGCCGGAUCACAACAUCGAAUCCGUCACCGGCGGUGAUCCGUUCUACGACCGGUUCCCUUGGUUCCGUCUGGUUGGAAGGAGCUUCGUUUACCUUUCAAACUUGCUGUACCCUGUUCCGCUCAUUCACAAAGUGGCUAUCGUGAACGAGAAAGGAGACGUUAAGGGCUACCUUCGCGUGGCCGUGCAAGCAGUCAUCGACGCCGACAAAAACAACGCCGAAUUCGUGGCAGGCGUAAAGCAGUCCGCCAAGAUAUCGUUCGAUGAUGACGUGGCACCGGCGCGCUCUAGGCUUAAGGCUCUUGGUGGCACCGGCGUAGUGGAGAAGAACAAUGCCCUAAACCUGGAGGAGAGAAUCGUCGACAACCAGGAUUCCAACAUCAAGAUAGAAGAAUUGGCCGUGGGAGAGUGUGACGCUGACAGCGGUCGCGGGGACAGUUCCUUAGCAUCCGAGCUGAAGGAUGAAGAUCUGCCUGAACAUCUUACGCUGGGCAGAGAGUUCACGUUCCGUGUAACUGUUCUUCAGGCACACGCCGUCGCCACAGACUACGCGGAUGUCUUCUGCCAAUUCAAUUUCUUGCAUCGCAACGAGGACGCAUUCUCAACAGAACCCGUCAAGAAUACAGGGAAAAACACGCCGCUCGGAUUCUACCACGUACAAAAUAUCACGGUUCCAAUAACGAAGUCAUUUGUUGAGUAUAUCAAGACGCAGCCAAUUGUAUUUGAGGUCUUCGGUCAUUACCAACAACACCCACUUCACAAGGACGCGAAGCAGGACGGCGUAGUGGGCGGUCGUACUCCACCUCGUCGGAUGCUGCCUCCGUCGAUCCCCAUAUCGGCGCCCGUGCGGAGCCCUAAGUGGGGCGCGGCCUCCGUCGCGCCGCCUUGCUGCUCCAGCCAUCUGCACUCCAAGCACGACCUGCUCGUGUGGUUCGAGAUCUGCGAGCUGGCGCCAAGUGGAGAGUAUGUGCCUGCGGUGGUUGAGCAUAGCGACGAGUUGCCGUGCCGCGGUCUAUACGUGCUGCACCAAGGAAUACAGCGUCGUAUUCGCAUCACCAUCCUACACGAGCCCUCACAAGAUUUGCAGUGGACCGAUGUCAGAGAGUUAGUCGUUGGACGCAUCCGCAACACACCGGAAGCGAAUGAGGACACGACGGACGGUGACGAAGACGGUGCCCUUUCCCUGGGACUGUUCCCUGGCGAGCGGCCGACGCUCGAUGACAGAGCCGUAUUCAGGUUCGAAGCAGCGUGGGACAGCAGUUUGCACGGGUCCCCGCUACUGAACAGGGUCAGCGCCAACGGGGAGGUGGUGUAUAUCACCCUCAGCGCAUAUCUCGAGGUGGAGAACUGCGGGCGGCCGGCUAUCAUCACGAAGGACCUUUCUGUAGUGGUGAUAGGGCGCGAGGCUCGCUCGGGCCGCUCGCUCAAACGAGCGCUGUUCGGUUCGCGAGCCGCUCGCGCCGAUCGCAUCGCUGGACUGUACGAGCUUAGUCUGCAUCGGGCGCUAGAACCAGGUGUACAACGCCGUCAAAGACGCGUGUUAGAUACGAGCGGAACCUAUGUUCGAGGCGAAGAGAAUCUACACGGUUGGAGGCCAAGGGGAGACUCGCUCAUUUUCGACCAUCAGUGGGAGUUAGAGAAGAUGACCCGUCUUGAGCAAGUGAGUCGCACGCGACAUUUCCUGGCGCUGCGCGAACGAUUGCGACACGGACACGACAACGCGGUCGCGCCCAACGACUUCACCAAAACGGAGAAGGAAGUAUCGAAUAUGGCGGCAAAGGCUGCUUCAGAGUGCGCGCACGCACCGCGAGACGAAUCCGUGUACGAGCCGUGGGAGAUGACGGCCCGGGAGAAGGCGCUCGCGCUCAAGUACGUCAAGCUGAUACAGGGAAGGAUAGGCUCACAAGGCAAGGAUGUUGAGACGGCGGUUUCACCCGCCACGCCCGUCGACGAAGGAGUUUCUGCAGACAUUUCCACACCCAGUCUACUAUCGUCCAUACACAGCGCUAGCAGCUUCGAAUUGUGCUCCCCCGAGCGCGCUUUACUAGAGAAGUCAAUGGCCGGUUGGGCGGGCGGCGUAGGCGGGAUCGUGGGCGGAGUGGCGACUGGUCCUGGGAUCAGCGGAGCCCUGUACGUGCCCGACUGUGAGGAAGUCCGCGUGUCAGCUGCCGUGGCCAGGCGUGGACACCUCAAUGUGCUGCAGCACGGAACGCAUGGCUGGAAGAAGAGAUGGCUGGUAGUGCGACGGCCAUACGUGUUCAUCUACCGCGACGAGCGCGACCCUAUCGAGCGUGCGGUCAUUAACCUCGCUAACGCUCACGUCGAAUACUCCGAGGACCAAGAACAGAUGGUCCGCAUGCCCAAUACGUUCAGUGUGGUGAGCAAGGAGCGCGGCUACUUGCUCCAGACGCUCGGCGACAAGGAAGUCCACGACUGGCUGUAUGCCAUCAACCCCCUGCUCGCCGGACAGAUUAGGUCGCGGUCCGCGCGCCGCGGCGACAAGCAGCUACCCGCGGCGACGCAAGCAUGAGACAGCCUCACCAUGGAGUCUAUCCUCGUUUAUUAGACGCGUCACUGACGCCCCGAGGCGUGCGCACCCCCAUGUGAACGUCGCGCAUCCUUUACAUUGAAACGGCACACAGUCGCGACACUUUAAUGUCCUCCCAUGAUAACAUCGUCUACAUAAACGAAGCGCUGCCAAAUUAUAUUACUACUACUAAUGCAAUUUUUUCCGAAUCUAAACUUUGUAGAAGCUUUGGAUAUUCCAUAUGGGCAAUACUCUGAUCGUUUGUUAUUCAAUUGACGUCUUAGAACAUAUCUUGAGUUUGAGUGUUUGUGCGAAUGGGACUUGGCAAUAUCCCUUAGAGAAAUCUAGGAGUUCGAUAUUGACUAUGCGAUGUGUAGUUUGUUUGUGGAAGGGGAUGUUCUAAGUACGCAAGCGGUAACUGUGAUUGGGAGGACAUAAAGUGACCAAUACCCAAGUCAUUAAAGAGGCAUUUCAUCUGUGGCUGGUUUGGUAGAAAGGUUACGAAAUGCACGUGCCUGCAUGAAAAGAUUUGUGGUCCAUCACAGUUCGAUUUUAUUCCUCUUUAUUUGUAUGCAGGGACCACAAUAACAAGGGAAUAGAUGAAUUUGAAUAUCUGUAACUAUUGAAUCAAUUAUUUUUGCAUAUCCUCAAACUGUUAGCAGUAUUAUUGAAACCAGGUGCAUUUAAUGUGAAAUACGUACCUAAUGAUAUUUAUAUUGAUGUUUUAAAUUCUAUUCUAAUUCUAUAUGUAUUUUACAUUUUUAUUACGGUUUCAAAAUCAAUACUCGAUUGUCAAAAUUGUGAGUAGUCGGGACCAAACCGGUGCACUGAUAAACGGGAUCGGGGUAAAAAGAUGAGAGUAAAUAUUUACAGUGGGUCUAAUUUUAAUGAUCGAACAAUAAUUUAUUGGUAGAGUUAAUGGUUUUGGCUGUUUCAAUGUCUAUUAGGAAAAGGAUGCUCGUUGUUUAUAAGCCCUUUUACAUUUAUUCUAUUUGUAUUAUAUAAUAUACAGCGGCCAUGGGCCAAGUUUUGUAACCAGAUUAUAAAGUAAGAUACAUAAAGGCGGUUUUAGGAGAAGGUCACACAAUGACGUGUAACACUCUAGUGUUUGUUGAAAAAAAAUGUGGUUAUAUACUCGUGUCUUCUCCGUUGUUAUUCAAUUGUCAUCAAUGCUUUUCAUGCCGCAUUUUGUCGUAUAUAAUGAUAAUACAUACUACAACUGGUACAAAUAAAUGGCAAGGGCUGCUUAAUGGCUCGUUGUCUAACUUUUUGUGCAAUAAGCCAGAAUUAUUUGAGAGUUGCGCACAAGUGUAUUUUGUCGGCGAUAUCUGAUAGACUCCAUUUUGUAAGGCGAGAUAUAAGAAUUUAAUAUGAAUUGUAUUGUGAGAGGACAAAUUACUGAAAAUACUAUUAUAGAUUUUCUUCUAAUGUUGGAUACAUUUAUUAAUGUAAUUUACCUUGUAUAUACGUAUGACCCGAAUGGUAGAAUAAAUAUAUUUUGAGGCUCAAAAGGCCAGUUGAAGAUGGCGAUAGUCCGUAUUCGUAUGAUGUCAUGCGUAAUGUUUCAUUUCACGUUUUAGUAUUUAUUGUAAAUACAUAACAUUAAUUAUAACAACGUAGUUAAAUGUAGACU